UCCAAAUCAUCUUCCAAGUUGUGUAAAAUUAAUAAUCUCGAGACAAAAAUAAUGAACCCCAUCGCAAAUAAUGUUGCAUUGGCUUUAUCUUUUUUCAUUUGCCUUUCAUUCUUCCCGUCGUUAAACGCAGUUCCGGACAUCACCAAAACAUGUGAACAGACUAAGCACAAGGAACUUUGCAUCGCGAGCUUUAAGGAAUCAUACAUCGGCAGAUACCUUCCCGACAAUGCCCAGCCAGAUUUAAUCGCAUCAAUAAUCAUCAAAAUCGUUGUUAAUAAUGCCUCAGACGUUUCACGAAACCUCAAGACUACCGUACUCGAAGGUCCUGUGCCACUCACACCCGAGGUCAGGGCAAAAUACGGUAUAUGUGAUCACGAAGUCGUAUCCGCUAUGAAGGAACUUGAUAAGGCUCGUACAGCCAUGGAAUCCAGGAAUCACAAAGCAGAGAAGUUCAAUAUGAAAGCUGCAGUGACUAAUACCGAGAACUGUGAGAAUGAAUUGAAGCAAGUGGAAGCACAAUUGCCAGAUAAAAAGCAGUUUGAUGAAGUUAUCAUGCUCAAAAAUCUAUUGGAAAAUGUCGAAGACAUUGUCAAAACGAUAAAAUAAAAUUAAAGGAUAUUAUAGGAAAUCAUAUGUUAUUAUCGUAA